AUGGCCUCCCUCACGCUCGUGUCUCUGGCGGAUGCUCUUGUGCCGCAGGUGAUGGCUGACGCGCUCGUGGCGCUGUCUCGCCUUACGGGGCAGGCGUGGGGGCCGAACGUCGUGGAGGAUCUUUUUUGGUUUCAGCCACCGAAGGUACAUAUCUUUGAGUUUGUCCUCGUGAACUUGUUUGUCUGGUGGUGCUUCCGCGCCUCGUGGGGGUACCGUUCACGUGCGUGGAAGUACCUGCGGGGAGUGCCUCCUGACAUGUGUCGCGAGAGCCGGCUAAAUGCGCUGCUUGGCUUUUUUUUUCUCUUGUGUUGGGUGUUUCAGGUGGUGUUAAAGGCCGUUCGUCCACGGCCUUUUAUCCAGCUUGGGUGGAUGUUCAUGCCUUGUCACCUGAUCACGUUGCUUUGGGCCGUCGUGCUCUUGCGUUCUGGGCCGAGACACUACCCCAUGAAUACCUACCUGGCGACCCUCGCCGCGGAUUAUCAUUGGGGACCCGCAGCGGCAAUAGCGUCCCCCGAUUGGGGGGAUCAUCAAUACAAACUUGAGGGCCAUGUUUUUAUGCUCCAUCACGGGCUGCUGCUUCUCAUGCCCUUUUACUAUGCCGCGCGCUAUGAACUGUUGCCCAUGACCACUUCACACUUACUUCACGUGACGGCGGUUGCGACGCUGGUCAACAUCGGGUUCUACACACCGUACUCCCUUAUAACUGGCCUCAACUUGAACUACAUGUUGUACCCGCCACCUAAACUGAUGCGUGUGUUUCCCUUCACUGCCGUGGCGUACCGCCUUUACAUCAUAGCUUUUCUUAUUGCAUUAACAGCCACAUUUCAUGUUGUCAUUGCUGGCUUUGGCAUGGGUGUUCGACGGCUGAUGUCACUUGGAAAACUCAAACACCAGUUGCUCAAGAGACGCCCGCGCAUGGGUCGUUAA